AGGGAGAGAAACAUCUGUGAGGUUGUCUCUAGUGGGCCCUCUACUGGGGACCUGGCCCGCAACCCAGGCAUGUGUCCUAGACUGGGAUUCAAAUCCGUGACACUUUAACUCGCAGGCCGGCGCUCAAUCCACUGAGCCACAACUGCCAGGGCUGGAAUUCCUUUUUAGUCUCUGAUUCUUUUUUCUAGCUUGGGGCGAAGGCGGAGCCGGUUCCCCAGAAUGACCGCCCUGGGGUGUAAGGACUCAGCAGGGACAUCCCCUUCAUUUGCAUAGCUCCCGGUACGUGGCGCAGCACCAAGGCCACUUCCGCACUAUAGCGAACUCCAAGUCCCGGAAUGCUUUGGGAUGUCCUAUAUGGAGUUGGCGUUGGACCCCGGUGAUGAGGACCUGCUGGGCUUCCUGCUAGAGGAAAGCGGAGGUUUGGGGGCGGUGCCCGACGAGGUCUUGGAGGCUCCACUGGACUGGGAGUUGCCACUUUCCGAGGUGGGUGGGGUCUCAGUCGGGGAGUUGAGGGGUGGUGACUGGUCAAGGAGUGUUAAUUUGAAUCCUGGGAAGGCCCUGAGCGAUUGGGACAUAGAGGAUUUCCUGAGCUCCCUGCCAAGUCCUCCAGCAUCGGUGAACAUUCUCAGCAGCUCUAACCCCCGUCUUGUCCAGCAUGAUCACACCUACUCUCUCCCGCAAGAACAUGUUUCCAUAGAUCUAGAUGGUGGGAUCUGUGGAAAAGGGGAGACCCAGAUGACUCCACUGCAUGAGGAGAAGCCAGCAGAGCAGGAGAUUGUUAGGCUUACACUGACAGAUGAGGAGAAGAGGCUGUUGGAGCAGGAGGGGCUUACUCUGCCUGGAACACUUCCUCUCACUAAGAUGGAGGAACAAGUUUUGAAACAAGUGCGGAGGAAGAUUCGAAAUAAGAAGUCAGCUCAAGAGAGCCGCAGGAAGAAGAAGGUGUAUGUGGGGGUUUUAGAGAGCAGGGUCUUGAAAUACACAGCCCAGAAUCAGGAACUACAGAACAAAGUACAGCUCCUGGAGGAACAAAAUCUGUCCCUCCUGGAUCAGUUGAGGCGGCUGCAGGCCAUGGUCAUUCAGGUAGCAAACAAAACCACCAGCAGCAGCACCUGUGUCUUGGUCCUCCUGUUCUCCCUCUGCCUCGUCUUUGUACCUGCUAUGUACUCCUCUGACACAAGGGGGAGCCUGCCAGCUGAGCAUAGAGUGUUUUACCGCCAGCUUCGUGCCCUCCCUCACCAGCCGGAGCUGUCUGCCCUGCAGUCGGAGGCACCAAAAGACAGCUCAGACCAUGAGCUCCAGGCUCCUGGCAACUUUUGCUGCCUGCUGUUCCACAUGCUUCGGGCUCCUGGCACAGAGCCUCCCCUGAAGUUGCCGCUCCCUGACCCUUUCUCACAUUUCCCCUGCCCAGGUCCCCUCUUUCCUCUGCAUGCAAAUCUCACAAGAAAGGGGGGGUGGCUCCCUGACCACCGACCCAUAUCCAUUAUCUUGCAGGACAGAUACUCAGGCUAGGGUGCAGGCCUGGGGCCUACAGUUGGUGUCCGAGUGAAAAGGAGUGGGAGAGGGCUGGUCUUAGCCUCUGUGCCCUGUCAGAAGCCUUGGGAACCCCAAGGGCUCAAACACCACACUUACUGGCUUUCUGGGUCUUUUAUUUGUACCCCUAUGUGUCCAUCACCCCAUGAAUGAUGGGCCUGGGGGAAUCAACUGAUCUUGAAAAUUUCAUGCAGUGAGGGGGUGGGAUGAGGAAAGAAAUAAAUAAGUGAUUCUGA